UCGAUUCAGUCAACGCUCGGCGUCUAACCGAUCAAGUCGCUUUAUAAAGACGGGGAUCCGAAAUAUAUACAGCCACAGUGUGGAUUUUCUCGUGUGUGCAUCUUGCCUAGGAUUUUGCAAUUGUCAAUUUUCCCCCCGCAAACGUUUAUAAAUAAACACAUUCACACACAUCGAAGUGCAAUUAAAUACAGCGCGAUAGAGGAAAUAGUUUUAAAUCGAAUUAUUUGAAUUCGUUAAGAAGCAUUUUUAUUGUACGUGGGAUAUCAUUAGUAGCCUACAGGUAUGGCUGAAGCCCAUGCCGCCGUGGCAUUCUCGUUUGCCAUCACCCACGAGGGCUUCGACAUCAACUAUGACCAUGAAGUGCUCAAUUUGGUGUGGAAUUCGGGAGUACGGUCCUGGAAAAAGCGUUUAGGACGCGCAAGGAACGGCAUUCGCAAUGGCGUCUAUCCGGCGCACAUCCAAAGCCUUUGGCUUAUCUCAGCCAUAGCGCUGGGUCUACAUUUUGCGGGCUACCAGGCUCCAUUUAAUCUAACCAACAGGAUAUUGGUUCACCUGCCAUCCAACACAAUAAAUUGGCAAAUUUCUGCUUGCUUUUUGGCCGCUUUGGUGAUCUGGCUAUCAAUUUGCUUUACUAUGAGAUACACUUUGAAGUUGCUUCUCAUGUACAAAGGAUGGAUGUACGAGUCAAGAGCGCCUGGGAGUCGUGUCUCACUGCCAACCAUGUUGUGGGUAGCGGUAGUGCGGGUUCUCUCCAGUUGGAACAAACCAGGCUUGUACAGCUUCCAGGGAUCUCUUCCCAGAUUGCCAUUGCCCUCUGUUAGUGAUACGAUGACCAGGUACCUGAGAAGUGUGCGUCCUUUGCUGGAUGAUGAUAACUACACGCGCAUGGAGCGACUGGCCAAGGAAUUCGAACAGACAAUCGGAAAGAAACUGCAGUGGUAUCUGAUCCUCAAGAGCUGGUGGUCCACGAACUAUGUGUCGGAUUGGUGGGAGGAGUACGUGUAUCUGCGUGGUCGCAGUCCCCUCUGUGUGAACAGCAAUUUCUAUGGAACGGAUGCAAUCUUCAUGAACCUUACCGAUAAACAGGCAGCUCGAGCUGCCAAUGUGAUUUCCCUGCUACUUAACUUCCGUCGUCUGAUCGAGCACCAGGAACUGCAGCCUAUCAUGGUUCAGGGCAUGAUUCCCCUGUGCUCUUGGCAAUAUGAACGUACCUUCAACACGGCUCGUGUGCCUGGCCUGGAAACCGACCGUAUUAUCCACUACAGGGACUCCAAUCACAUUGUUGUACUGCACAAGGGAUGCUACUACAAGAUGCCCAUCUACUACAAGGGUCGCAUUCUGCGUCCUUGCGAGUUGCAAGUGCAAAUUGAGGAAAUCUUGAAGGGAAAAUCCGCACCCGUGGAAGGUGAGGAGCACUUGGCUGCUUUGACCGCCUGGAAUCGUUCCAAGUGGGCUGAGGCCCGCAACACGUUCUUCUCAAGGGGAGCUAAUCACAUCUCCCUGCGAACCAUUGAGUCUGCUGCCUUUGUGCUUUCCCUGGAUGAUGAGCCCUUCGAGUUCGAUCUGGCUCGUCCGGAACUACUGGAUAACUUUGGCAAAAAGCUGCUCCAUGGCAAUGGCUACAACAGGUGGUUCGACAAGUGUUUCACCGUCUGUGUGGGCACCAAUGGACGUGUUGGCUUCAAUGCCGAGCACACAUGGUCCGACGCCGCCAUCGCCUCACACAUGUGGGAGAACCUGAUCGUCGACGAUCUUGUAUCGGACGGAUAUGAUGAAUCUGGUAACACCAAGGGCAUACCCGAAUUCCAGCCACCCACACCUACCAGGCUCACCUGGGAUCUGAAGCCUUGCCUGCCGCAAAUUGAAGAGGCCACUGUCGAUGUGACUAAGCUAAUCAAUGAGGUGAACCUACGCAUUCUGGUGCAUCAGGAGUACGGCAAGGGCUUCAUGAAGAAGUGUCGCAUCUCUCCAGAUGCCUAUAUCCAAAUGGCCCUGCAGUUGGCCUACUAUCGGGAUGCCGGUCGUUUUUCGCUGACCUACGAGGCUUCCAUGACUCGUCUUUUCCGCGAAGGAAGAACUGAGACAGUCCGCCCCUGCACCAUUGAGUCAUCUGCUUGGGUCAAAGCCAUGCAGAAUCCCAAUACAACGAAUGAUGAGCGCGUGAAGAUGAUGCAGGAUGCCUGCGAUCGCCACCAGUUGGGUUAUCAGGAUGCCAUGUGCGGCCGUGGAAUUGACAGACAUCUGUUCUGUCUGUAUGUUGUUUCCAAGUACCUGGAGGUAGACUCUCCCUUCCUCAACGAGGUUCUCAGUGAACCCUGGCGCCUGUCUACUAGUCAGACUCCUCACGGCCAGACGCCGAAGAUGGACCUGAAGAAGCAUCCCAACUGCAUCAGUGCUGGCGGAGGCUUUGGGCCCGUGGCCGAUGAUGGUUAUGGUGUGUCUUACAUCAUUGCCGGAGAGAACCUGAUAUUCUUCCAUAUCUCAGCGAAGACGACGUGCCAGCAAACAGAUGUGCAUCGCUUCUCCGAGAACAUCUCGCAGGCACUAUCUGAUAUUCGCAGCAUGUUCGAGCAGCACAUGAAGGACCAUCCGAAGCCCGCCAAAAAACUCACAAACGGCGUAUCCACAUAAUCCACUUAGUCCGUGUAGUCGAGAUUCUUGUUAGCAUUUGUUUUAUCCCUUCUAGUUGAUCGUUUUAAACACAUCUUAUAUACAUCCGUCUAGUGUAAGUUCCAAAUGAAGUGCAAAAGUCGUCGAGAGAGUUAUACAUACAUAAAACAAUGCAAUUUUUUAUAAACAAUUGUGACUUGGCUGAUUUUAAGAUUUAGUCGUUAGGUACUUUUGCACAAUAUUUGAUGUUUCUCAAUCAAUUAGUUUGUAAUCGAAGAAAUCGUGUAAACUUAAGUGCUAUAAAUAUAUUUCAUUUUAAGCGUA